ACGUCCAAAGCAAAAUGGCAGGAAGCAAGAUCAAGAUGCCAAGCAGACGGACUCCAUUUGGCAAAAAUCUCUAAUCCUACAGAAAAUAAUGCAGUAAAAACACUUCUCAAGGGAGUAACUCAAGCUUGGAUUGGGUUAGAACGACAAAAUAAUUUCUGCAUUAAAACUCCAAUAUCGUAUCAAAAUUGGGAUUUUCAUGAACCAAACGACAAAGGAUUGGUUGAAAAUUGUGUCGCAAUUGGAAGUCAAGGGAAAUGGAGUGAUGAAGAUUGUAAUGCAAGUUUAGCAAUAAUAUGUAAAAGAG